GUUUGCAUCUGGAGAGUUUCGAGCAUGUCAUUCAUGGUUGACAUAAGAAGGUCAUAGACGAAGCGUGGGGCUAGGGGCUGGAACAGAUCUGGACCGGAGGCAAGGAGCGGAAGAAGCUACAGUACUGUUGGACCGUCCCCCUCCUGAACUGCUGCCAUGGAGUGCAAGAGAGUUUAAGGAAUAAUCCAACCCUUGCGUCUCAUCUUCAUUCGCUGGUCCCUGACCGAUUGAUGACCUGUUAUUUCAAGUUAUACCAUAUAUUAUACCUGGAGGAGGAGGAGGAAAAACAUGAGUUGGAUGUGGGUUUGGAUGAACCCAAUGUCUAUCAAGAGAACCUAGCGCUUGCAUUGGUUGGAUGACUAUUAACUGAUUAACUGAGAAUCCAAUGAAAUUCAUUUUCUUUCGAGAAUAUAUGGCAAACAUAUCGCGUCCUGGAAAGGGGGUUCGCAUAUGAGAACUCGGAGAUCAGCGGUUCUUAUUUCAAUUCUUCCAUGAGGCCGAUGUUCGCAGGGUGAUGGAAGAUGGACCAUGGGACUUUGAUCGCAAUCUACUAAUUCUGAAACGUCUAAAUCCGAUUGAGAGCCCAGUUCAGUGUUCUUUAAACUAGGGCUGGCAUUUUAGACCGAAAAAUGAAAACCGAAAAAAUCGAACCGCUUUGGAAAAAAACUGAACCGAAUUGAUUGAAAAUGGGACCCAAAAAUUGGGACCCGAUAAAAAAGAGGUUCGAACUCAGUUUAUAUUCCUAAAAAAUCGGUUCAAACCGAACCGACAAUUUUUUAUUAAUAAUGAUUAUUAUAAUUAGUAAAAAUAAUAAUAAAUAGUUAAUGAGAAUUAGAGAUUACUACCCCAAGCUCUGUAUUGACAAACUCAACGUGCUUGCAAAUUGGUCGGAAAUGCGGUCUCCUAUGAGAAAGGCCAUCUUGAAAGAAUGGCCCAAGUAUGAGUGUGAGAGUUUGAAUAGACAAAAAUAUGAGUGGUUUUAAAGAAGACAAAAAUGUUAUUUAAGUGGUUUCACAAGUUCCGAAUCUUCUUCACGCUUGACGCACCAGGCCCAUAGCAGCGCAUCUAUCUCCUCACCAUAGCAGCGGUCUUUUUAGCUUCCCUGCUCAUAGUGCUUCUCUCACCUCCUCAAUUGUGCAGCCGACCUCCGUUACCCCGCCGAUCUACACCAACCUCGGGUACGCCGCCGACCCCAGAUCGCCAUCAUCUUCGACCUCUUCGCUGAUCACCAUAGCAUUCGUCUGUGCCCCAGUUGUCUCCCUUCCAAACUCCACAUCUGAUUUUCUAUUUCUUCUCUUUCUGUCCGAUCGAUGGAGAGUAGGCGUCGUCACUGUGGCGUCGUUACUAUGGCGUCGUCACCGUGGCGGCGUCACUAUGGCAUCGUCACUGUGGCAGCGUCACUAUGACGGUGUCACUGUGGUGGUUCUGGUGGAAGUGUAAUUGGUGUGAAAAAUUUGACGAUGACGACUCUGAGUGACAAAAAACGAAUACAGUGACAAAAUAUUAUUCCAGUGACAUCAUGUUUUCUUAUUCCAAAUACAUGACUUUGUUAGUCACUUUUUUGUCAAUUUUUAAAAGUACUCACAUUUCUGGAAAAUCAGUUCAAUUUAAUAAUAUUAAGGGAAUAACCCCUGUUAUGGGGACUGGUAAAAAUGGAGCAGGAAAGGUUUCUGUUGACAGUAGGGAAGGGGAAGAAAGGAGUAUAGAGUAGAGGAGUGGAGAUGCUCCGGGAGGUGAGAAGAGGGUAGUCUGCUUUGUGGAAGGAUGUCGGAUUGUAGGAAGGUAGGUGAAGAGAUCAUACGCUUGCAAACAGUGGGUAAGAAGAGAAAGAACGGAAGUAGUAUAGGCAAGUGGAUUGAUAAACUUCUCUUUUGAUGCCGGGGCGGACCGUAGUAGAGACCCGGGCUCCCACUCUCAACAAUUUUUUUUAGUGUAUAUAUAUACGAAAAAUGAUUUUUGCUCUUUCAAAAAGUAUUUUGAACCCCCCAAAAAUAUUUUCACUCCAAAAUGACUUUUCUGGGUCCGCCCAUGUUUUGAUGGAUAUCAAUUCACAUGGGAAAGAGGGCAUGGUACCCAUGGCUGGGUGGAAGAAAAUUUGGAUCUGAUUUUAGUUUCACCUUGUUGGGAGGAGCACUUUGCAGGAGCACAAGCGUGGUUUUUUAAAGGAACUCCAAGCAAUCAUUUAGCUUCAUUUAUCAAGCUAAAACCGGGUGGGGUAUGUAGACACAGAGUUCGAGAAUUUAUGGAUAAGGGAGGUUGAUUGUAAGGAAGUUGGGAGAGGGGUUUGAUUUUUGUAAGAAGAGGUUACAAUACUUGAGAAGGAGAACAGAUAGAUUUUGUCUUGAGGAGUUUGGGAGGGUGAAAAUGGAGUACUUGGAAUUACUUGAAAACCGAAAUUGCUACUGGAAAAGAGGGCCAAGGAGUUUUGGCUGCGCGAAGGAGACACCAGUACCCGAUUUUUUCACAAUUCAGUUAAGCAAAGGAGGAAAAGGAACCACAUUGAGGGGUUUCGGGUGGAGGGUGGGAGAUGGGAGAAUGAGAGGGAGGAAGUGGACAGUUUAGUGGAGGACUAUUUCUCUAACAUUUUUACUUCCUUGCAGGGAUACAUGGAUCCAGUUCUAUUAUAUGUUGAGCAGGUGGUUUCAGAUUCCCAAAAUACAGAGCUUUUGAGGCCUAUCCGUGAAGAGGAAGUGAAGGCAGCAUUAUUUUCCAUGCAUCCAGACAAAAGCCCAGGGUCAGACAGUUUAGGUCCGGGAUUUUAUCAACAUUUUAGGGAGGUGGUGGGGCCUGAGGUGGUGGAUUUCUGCAAAGGAACAUUGCGAUCGGCUUCUUCUGGGAGAGGGGUACACUGGAAAGAUUGGAGAGGAUUGAGUCUCCCAAAGACCAGAGGCGGCUUGGGAUUUAGGAGACUGAGGGAGUUUAAUCUGGCCAUGCUCGGCAAACAGGCUUGGAAGAUCUUUACAGAACCAGAUUCGUUAGUAGACCGAGUAUUGAAAGCAAGGGAUCAAAAGCUUAUACUUUGGAAUCCCGAUGAGUCAGAGGCAGGUUCCAAACAAGCUGGCAUGGCGUUGGGAAGAGAAUGGAUGCUACACGGUGAAAAGUAGCUACAGUGGAUGAAACUGGGAGUCCCAGGUGGGUAAAGAAGUGGCAUUUACACAUACCACCGAAAGUAAAAGUGUUCUUCUGGCUGGUAUGUGUUGGUUGGCUACCUACGAUGGAUUCACUUCUAGCUAGACGAGUUAACUGCCCUCAAGUUUGUCUUUCUUGCUUGAUGAGGGGUGAAAACCUUUUACAUGUAUCUGGCCUUUGCCCCAUAGCAAGGCAUGUGUGGAAUCUGAUGAACUGGGAUUUUCAGCUUGUUAAUGAGUCGAACUUCUUGGAGUGGAUUGAGAGAACACUUGACAACUUUAGUGAUGAUGCCUGCAGUAGGUUUGUGAUGCUCAUUUGGGGGCUGUGAAAAGCACGAAAUGAGUUAGUGUGGCAGAAGAUCACUACACCGGCCAGGAGUAUCAUUGAAGGGCUCUGAAUUUCUUGUAGAAACACUUCACUUUUUUAAGUAUUUCCACAUGCAAACUAAUGAAUAUUGUGUUAUUAGUACUUUUUCAUUUGCUUUAUGAUGUGUUGAUGUGUUUUGUUAUGCAUAUAGGAUGUUUAUACCG